AUGGAAUCCUCGCCUCUCAAUCAUCUGCCAGAAGAAACUAUCCACCAGAUCUUCUUCCAACUUCCCCUCCGCCAAAUCGCCGCCUGCAAGUGCGUCUGCAAAGCCCUCAACUUUGCCCUCUCCUCGCCGUCAUUCCGUCACCUUCUAUCCGCCCAGCACACCUCCCUAUCCCUGCUCGCCCUCAAGCCAUCCGAUCGCCAUAUUUCCCCCUUUCCCAACCUCAAUGCCUUUGACCCUGCAUUAAGUCAGUGGCUCAGAUUCUCUCUUUCUUUCCUUCCGUUUUCUUCACUCCAUCCGAUUACUUCGGCAGAUGGGCUACUGUAUCUCUGGGCUGCACUGCCUCCUUUGCGAAAUUCCAAUACUGCCCAUGUGAGGAAUUCUUCCCAGAAGUCGCUUGUGGUUUGUAACCCUUUAAUCCGCCAGUUCAAAAUCCUCCCUCAGCUCGGCUCGGCUUGGUCUCGCCACGGCUCUGUUUUAGCUGGUUCGGGUAAUACUGUCCUCCUUCUUACAGAGCUUGCCAUUCUCUACUAUUCUGAAAGUAAUGGCGUUAAUGGGGAUAUUAAUUCUGGUGGUGUCUCGAGUAAUUGGCUCAAGUUCACCUCGAACUUACCAUCAAAGCCUCGGAGUCCUGUUAUGGUAUCCGAUUCUAUUCUGGCGUUGUGUGAUGUGGGAUCGCCGUGGAGGUCGCAGUGGGCUAUAUAUAAGACAAAAAUAACAGAUAUGGAGAAAAAGAAGCAGUGGGUUCGGGUGGAGAAGAGGCAGUGGGGUGACAUCUUUGGCAUUUUGAAGCGGCCGCGAUUGGUGAAGGCUAUGAAUGACAAGAAAGUUUACAUGGUUGGAGGGUUAAAAAGCUCGUUUGCUCUCCACAGCUCGUGCACGACCAUCUUGAUAUUGAGGUUGGACUUGGAGAGCCUGGAGUGGGAGGAGGUUGGGCGAAUGCCAGUGGAAAUGUAUAGGUGCUUCAUGGAGAGUAGUAAAUUUAAGGUGUUUGGUGGGGGGAACAAGGUGUGUUUUUCUGCAAAAAGGGUUGGAAAGUUGGUUCUUUGGGAAGAAACUGAGGAGGGGAAGGCGGAAUGGAGGUGGAUUGAAUGUUUGUCAGGGAAUGGAGACGGCCUUUGUCGUGGAUUUGUAUAUGAGGCCAGACUUGAUGCUGUGCCGUAG